AUGAACAGUUGGACCGAAGAUGAAACUGAUGAUGACGAUUUUUAUGACCAAGGAAGUGGUUCUGAAACAGAAGAUUUUGAAAAUGUUCUUUGUGAAUCGUUUGUUAAAUUAGACGACGAUUCUUCUCAAAGAAGUUUCUAUAGCUCCAAAUCCGGAAUUACUUGGUCUUCCAUUCCGCAUCCUUCGACGAAAAAAGCAAAUUGUUCAAAUGAUACUAGUGAAAAAGCUGGACCUACUACACUCACGAAACAUGUAUCGUCUAUUCAAGAUUCAUUUACUUGUUUUAUAUCAGAAAAAGUAUUACAAAAGCUUUUGAUUUAUUCUAAUAUGGAGCGUACUCGAAAUAUCACUUCAAAUGAACAAUCAGAAGAAAUAACAAUGAUCGAAUUAAAAGCUUUCAUUGGACUUUUAUUACUUGCUGGUUUAUUAGGAAAAUCAAAGAAAAGCAUCAAAUCUAUAUGGAAAAGAAGUCCGUUGGAGUCUCCAAUAUUCAAGGCAACUAUGGCUAGAAAUCGUUUUGAAAAAAUUAUUUCCUGUUUACGAUUUGACGAUAAAACAACAAGAGAAGAAAGAAAAAAAACUGAUAAAUUUGCAGCAAUUCGUGAGAUUUGGUCAGAUUUCCAAGACAAUCUAAAAACAUGUUAUAUACCGGGAUCUUAUGUUACGAUUGAUGAACAGCUACUACCUUUUAGAGGAAGAUGUCCAUUUCGUCAAUUUAUUCCAAAGAAACCUGAUAAAUAUGGAUUAAAGUUCUGGUUAUGUGUUGAUGUAGAAUCAUAUUAUGUGUUCAAUGCAUUUCCUUACAUUGGACGUCAACCAGAUCAAGACAGACAAAAAAACAUAGGUACCAGUGUUGUUUUAGAAUUACUCAAACCACUGUAUGGUUCAAAUAGAAAUGUUACAAUUGAUAACUUUUUUACGAGUGUUCAAUUAGCCAAAGAUCUUCAAAUGAAGAACCUGACUCUUAUAGGAACAUUACGAAAAAAUAAGCCGGACAUACCUAUUGAAUUCCAAUCGAAUAAAAAACGUGCAAUUGGUUCCUCACUAUUUGGUUUUCAAGAUGAUUUGACUUUAGUUUCAUUUGUACCCAAAGCAAAUAAAGCUGUAUUGUUACUUUCGUCAAAACAUCAUGACAAUCAAGUAGAUACACUAACUGGAAAACCAAUUAUUAUUUUGGAUUAUAAUAAAACAAAGGGAGCUGUCGAUACCAUUGAUCAAAUGUGCCAUAAAUAUACGGUGAAAAGAGGUACAAAACGAUGGCCUCUCUGUAUUUUUUAUGGAAUGAUAGACAUUGCUGCUAUCAAUGCUUUGAUCAUAUGGAAAGCAAAAAAUACCAGCGUCGAUUAUUCUUGGAAGAAUUAG